AUGAAAGAAACGACACAAGUCAUUCCUGUCAGAUCCCAGCACGAUGCAACAGAAGAUAAUACUCAACCUAUCGAAGAUACUUCAAGCGAUAAUUUUCAACAAGACGCAAGAAAGAUUGCAUUCUUUGGUUCAAUUAAAAUGUGGUUGAUUCUAAUUAUUUCUGUAAUUGUAUUAUUGACAGUUUUUAUCCUGUCAGCAAUUUGGUUGAGUAGUUUCAUUCCUUCAGUUGUUGAAUAUAGCAAGGAACUAAGAGAUUUUGAAUUUGAUAAUAUUAUUGCAUUUGUCAAACAAACAAUUAGAGAAGUAAAAAUGACAAGUGAAACUGGUAAACAUUUAAUGAUGAAAACACUUGACUUUUCGAAUAGAGAUCAGAUAGAAGUGUUGAUUUAUCAGUUUUUGAAACAACAGUGGACCUAUCUUAAAGGUUUAGUUGUUACAAAUCACAUUGGUGACAAUGAAGGAAGACAAUAUGGAAUUAUGGACUGGGGAGGAAAACCUACAUUAUUCAACAUCACCACCAAAGAUCAACAACUUUAUUAUUGUAAUAACUUUGAUGAACUUGAUUAUUGUAAUAGAAGUUCAACUCCAGAUAUUCAAUUAGGAUUUUUUGAUUUGACAAUUUUGAUUAAUGCUGGAAAUGCACAUCCAGGAAAACCAACCAUCACUAAUAGUUUCAUAGAUGCAUCACAACCACAGUAUACUUUCAUUACAAUGGUUAAUUCUAUUGCGUUACCUCAACCAGAUUCGAAAGGAAACAAAUUUAAAUAUUACUUAGGAACAGAUUUGUCUGCUGAGACUAUUUCUCAAUAUUUGGCACAGGUCACGUUGAAAUUGAGUGGUUCAAAGAGUUUUAUUAUUGAAAUGGCAACUCAAUACAUUAUUGCAAUUGCAGUUGUUAAUUCAGAUGGAUCUGUCACAAGACAAACCUAUCUCAAAAUUGAUAAUGAUGAAAGAGUUUCGUCAAUCGCCAAGGUAUUGGCUUCGGAAUUGGGAACAGAAUUGGAUACUAUUGGAUGUGGAAACAAAUCAUUAAUUACAUCUGCAACUGAUUACAUUUCAGUUUAUAGAUUAUGCACAGAUACUGAUGUUGAUUGGUUGUUUGUGUUGGCAGUUCCUCAAUGGAAUUAUAUUAGUUCAAUUGUUAUUGCUGUAAUUUGUGCUACUCUAGGCGCAUGUAUUAUAAUUUCUGCAGGUGUUAUAACAUCUGUCAUUAUUUCAGUCAAACUAGUGAAACCAUUUUACAACUUGAUUGAUUUAUUCGAAAGUGUUUCUCAUAUGGAUUUGGAUAAUUUAGUAAUUAAUGAUUCCAAAUUUACAGAAGUGAAACAUUUACAAAAUCAUUUCAAAACCAUGACAGAUAGAAUCAAACUUUACAGAGCAUUCAUUCCAUCACAUUUACUUUCUCAAUUAGAUCAAGGAGGAGAUCAUGUUGACGCCAAAAAGAAAGCUCAUGAAAAUGAUUCCAUUUCUAUGGCUUCCUCUCAUAAAUCCUCUCAGAGAUCUUCGAGAUUAGACUCCAAACAAUCUAGCUUGAGUAGAAGUCAUGCCUCUAGUUCACAUCGAAGAUAUUCGAAUGAUUUGGAUAUUUUCUCACUUCAUUUGGAUCGAAAGAAAUUAUCCAUUGUUGCAAUUCAUAUUGAAGGAUUGAAUAGAUUAUUCUCUGAAAUAUCAGCAGGAGACUGUGUUGAUUUAUUGAAAGAUUUCUUUGAUCAUUUGGGAUUAGUUUGUAGAACAAGUAAUGGUUAUCUGGGAAAUUUUGAAAAUGAUUUAAUUUCAAUUUCAUUCAAUGCAAGUUCAAAUCAAUCAAAACAUUCAGAAAAAGCAGCUUCAGCAUGUGUUCAAUUAAUGGAAAAGUUGAACACAACCAAAUCAAAGAAAUGGCCAAAUCAAUUGAAAAAGAAACCUCACUUGAUUGAAAUUGUUAAAUUUAGAUUUGCAAUUUGUGUUCAAGAAUCAUUGUGUGGAAAUUUAGGAUCGAAUGAUUUUAAGAAUUUCACAGUUAUUUCAAGUGCCAAAUUCAAUUUGGAAUGCAUGUUGGAUGUUGCAUCAAAAUUGAAUUUGAAUAUUGUAUUAUCUGAUAGAGUAUUUGCAAAUUUAGAAGAACAUUAUCAAAUGAGAUAUGUUUAUACGAAAGAAUUAAUUCCAGAUUCACAUUAUUCAUCUCCAUUUAUUCAACACAAAGAAAAUGAAAGAGCACCAAUUGAACCAACACAUAUUUAUGAAUUGGGUGAAAGCUUACAUGUUGGAAUGGAUGAAUGGAUGUAUGAAUUACAAGAAAAGGAAAAGAAAGCAAAAUGGACCAAAUACAAUCAAGCUUGCAAACUCUUCUUCUCAAAUCAAUUCGAAGAAGCUAGAGAAUUAUUCCAGGAAUUUCAUGAACUCAACAAUGAUGUGGCAGCUGAAUUGAUGAUUAAAAAAUGUUCAACUACAACACCUAUUAGUGAAUUGUAG